CAGCAGAAGCGGACGGGGGCCAGUCAGGCAGCCAGCGCUUCCCAACGGGGGGUUUAAAACAGAAACUACUAGCCCAACUGUUUGUUCUGUACCGCGAAACACACCCCCUUACCUUAAUACAGUUAGCAUUAUUAACUAGUCUUGGCCUCUGUCGUCAGUAUUAGAGGUGAAUAGAUAAAAAGCGAGGAUGUUGGUCCCCGCGGGAAGAUAAUGAAGAAGCUGCGCGUGUUGUUGCUGUGCGCCGUUUUAGCUCUCCUGUGCUGGCACUCUUGUCAUCAUGUUUAUUGUUCAGAAGAGAUCUCCUCUGGCCCAGGGCUCCCUGCACAGGAUGACAGCCGUUACACAACGCAGGAACCAGAGGCCGACGAAAAGGUUGAAGAGGAAAGGGCAACACACACUCAGUCAUCGUAUGACGUGGGCCUGGAAAAAGAGAGAGCUGCCCUAAAGGAAACAUCAUUGCACUCCCAAGAUACCCCGCUCGAAGAGAAACACAAACAGACUGUGAAUUUGGAAGAAGUGUUGGAGGAGUCGCAGAUUCUGCUUGAGUCUGCUCUCCCUGUGCUACAACAACAACAGCAGCAGGAGCAGCAACCGGAACCCCAGAGCACUCAACAAUCAGACCAACAACAAUCAGCUCAACCACCAACACUUGCGCAGCCCCAAACAGCACCGCCACUCUCCCAGCCCCAGCCAGACCCUGAAACUCCACAGCCCACUGCCACAGAGGACCAGGCUGCCCGCACCUCCGCUGCUUUAACCCCUCCACAGACUGACCCGCACAGAGAAGACCCCUCUGCAUCUCCUGCUGAACUCCAGAAGAGCCCAGAGUCAGCCUCACCUACCUCAGUCACCUCCUCCGAGAGCUCCUCCAGUGGACUAGACGUUCCGCGUCCUGAUGCCCCUGUAGAAAACUCUAGUGCCAGUCAGUGUGAGGUGGGCUCUGUGCCCCCCUUCAGCCAGUCCCUUGGCAUCACGCUCCCCAGUGUUGUGGAGGAAAAUGCGGAAAAGCAAGCAGAGAACCAGUCUGCCACAUUGGGAGUACAGAGUACAGAGACCAGUGUUGACCCGACUGCCACUCUGCUCCCGAGUGAGCUGGACCUCACAGAGCUGGGGCAGACAGCCAGUAUCCCUCCACCUACAAAAAGCCAGCAGGUGAUGGACCAUGAAGGAGCAACAGACCCUCCUGUGCCCAGUAAAGAGGACAUCCCCACUUUUGAUGAGUGGAAGAAGAAAGUGAUGGAAGUAGAGGAGAAGAAAAGUCAGUCUAUGCACACUUCAUCAAAUGGCAGCCCUCAUCCAGUCAAAAAGGUCCAAAAGAAUUUCAAGAAUAACUAUGCUUCUGUCGAAUGUGGGGCCAAAAUCCUCUCUGCCAACAAUGAGGCCAAGAGCACGUCUGCCAUCCUGAUGGAGAACAUGGAUCUGUACAUGCUGAACCCCUGCAGUACCAAGAUCUGGUUUGUUAUUGAGCUCUGUGAGCCAAUCCAGGUGAAGCAGCUGGAUAUUGCAAACUUUGAGUUGUUCUCCUCUACACCAAAAGAUUUCCUUGUGUCUAUAAGUGACAGGUAUCCGACCAAUAAGUGGAUCAAGCUGGGCACAUUUCACGCCCGUGAUGAACGCACAGUACAGAGCUUCCCUCUGGACGAGCAACUCUAUGCCAAAUAUGUCAAGAUGUUCAUCAAAUACAUGAAGGUUGAGCUGCUCUCCCACUUUGGUUCUGAACACUACUGUCCACUCAGCCUGAUCAGGGUGUUUGGCACCAGUAUGGUGGAGGAGUAUGAUGAGAUAGCUGACUCUCAGUACACCUCAGAGAGAGCCGAGUAUCUGGAUGAAGACUAUGAUUACCCACCCGGCUACCUGCCAUCAGAGGACAAGACAUCGAAGAAUCUGCUGGGCUCUGCCACAAACGCCAUCCUGAACAUGGUAAACAACAUUGCAGCAAAUGUGCUAGGAGGGAAUCCGGAGCUAGAGGACGGAGCUGAAAUGGAAGGAAACGUUUCCACUGGGAUAGAAAACGUCACACAGGCGUCAACAGAAACCCCACUCACGCCAGAACCCACCACUACUGAACAGCCCUCUACGCUGGAUAUUCUUGAGCUGGAUCCCACUCUAGUGAAGGAGGACUUAAAGGUUCCUGUUCCUGAGGCUCCUUCAGAGCCUCCCCCUGAGGAAAACCGUAUCGUCAUCCUCAUCGAGGAGGAAGAAGAGGCCACUCAGCCAACUGUGUCCCUGCUGGAGGAGGAGCGAGAGGAGGAGAAAAGACUAGAGGAGAUGUGGGAGAGGGAGAGUGCCACGUACUGCGGCCACCUCUCGACUUUAUCCUGUUUGGCGUCUUUGCACGAACACUUCUACUGCUACUGUUCGGCAGCUUUAGCACUAAAGCGCCAGCGUAGAGACCACCGCCACAAAGCACAGCACACACACACCGAAAUGGACACGCAAAUCACCCCUCAGCAGUCCCUCCCUGACACCACCCCAACCCAAGAGCCCCCUGCACCCUCUGAGAAACUUCCAGAAACAGAGCGGCCCUCUCAGGCACAAGCCGAGAGGAUUUACCCCACUGAAACGGUAGCUACUCUGCCUCAGUCCUCCAGUGGGGAAUCUGUAGUGAGCGAGCAGGAGCUCCCACCUGAGACUAUCCUGUUAGAGCCCAGUCGUACCUCCACCCUUCCUCCACACAGCUUCUCCGACACCCCCACCCAAAACAUCCCAGAGUCUCUACCCACAGGAGAGCCCGUGGACCAGCAUCCGCAGUACCUGUUGGACAUCCCAGAAACCCAUACGCCCGUGAGCAGCUACAGCAGCACCAGCAGCCUCCUCUCACCCAGUGCUGCCUCCUCUCCGCUCUCCUCCACCACCACCGAACCCCACAGCCCAGAGACAGACCCUCCCAAACUGGAGCUCCCCGUCCCCACCAAAGAGCAGACAGUUCAACCGUUGCCCACCCACACUCGCCCCGCUGAGAUCCCACCUCCUACUGAACUUCCCGUCCCGCUUCCAGAGGCCUCAGAUAACGGCAGGGCUGCAGGGGUUGAAGAUCCUGUGGCCUCUCAGCUAGAGCUUUCAGAAGCCCCUCUGUCUCAACAAGAGGAGACUGUAGAUGACAUUCUGCUCCCACACCGCACCGCCGGAGAGUUUUACGCAGAGCAGCAGCAUUCGGUGGAAAUGGGCCACGGGAAUGGAAACGGCAACGGGAAUCAGGUGCACGGAUCCAACCAGAAGGAAUCAGUGUUCAUGAGAUUGAAUAACAGGAUUAAAGCACUAGAAAUGAACAUGUCCCUCAGCAGCAGAUACCUAGAGGAGCUCAGCCAGAGGUAUCGUAAACAGAUGGAGGAGAUGCAACGGGCUUUCAACAAGACCAUCAUCAAACUGCAGAACACCUCCAGAAUCGCAGAAGAGCAGGACCAGAAACAGACAGAGUCUAUACAGAUGUUACAGAGCCAGCUGGAGAAUGCCACCAAGAUCAUGCUGAACCUGUCUGCCACUGUUGCUCAGCUACAGCGAGAGGUGUCUGACAGACAGAGUUACCUAGUGCUGUCUCUGAUCCUGUGUCUGACGCUGGGUUUGCUGCUUUGUAUGCAGUGCUGCAGGAGCUCACCCAGUCACAACACCAGCUCAAGCAUUCCCAUGAGCAACCACUACCCCAGCCCUAAGAGGUGUUUUUCCUCAUAUGAUGAUAUGAGUCUGAAACGGAGGGUUUCUUGCCCUCUCGUUCGUUCAAAGUCAUUUCAGCUGCCCACAUCAGAAGCCAGACUCAAAUCCACCAUCUUCAUUUCUCACAGCUUGAAAACUCGAGAUGAUGUUCACAGCUUCCCACUUAACAUGUGGCUUGUGUUGUGUGCUCUCAUUUGGCUGCUGCUCUCAGAAGAAUCACACCUUUUGUAUUCAAUUCCACACAGAUCACUUUACAGCUUGAACUACUUUUGAGUCCAGUUGUCACUAGUUCCAAAGUGUCUGGCGAUAAUUCAAUAUCAGUGUGACCUAUACUGGAGCCCAGUGUGCUUUGUAAUUGAAUGUCAACACAGUCUUGCCUCAUGUUUGGCGUCACCGGAGUCCGCUGAUCAGAUAUGUCCCUUUAAGUAAAAAGCAUUUACUUUUACAAGCUAAAAACUAAAAAAAAAACUAACAAAGUUAACAAAUUGGAGAAAUCUUUUUAUUGAUUCUCAAAGUUAAUUCACUUUUGAAUCACUUUUCAUAUUGACAAACAAUUUGAUUACUAAAAGAGUCAAUACAUUAAAGAAUAAAUUCAUAAUUCCUUAUUUUUAAGUGCAGUUUCAUUUAGUAAUUAAUGAAAAACUUUGCAAGCACAGCUAGAUAAACUGAACCGUCUUCACUAUUUUAAACGCCGGAUCCUUCCUGUUCUUCUUGUUCCAUUUAUUUCCUGCUAUAUUUUCCUCUCACAUUUUGCUGCAGCAUUGUGUGUGUGUGUGUGUGAGCUCAUCAGUGGUUUGUGUUCAUAAGGCAGAGGUUGGAUAUUUUUAGCACAUGAUGCUUUUGGCUGGCACAUGUUGGACAUUUGCAAGUAGUAACAGUGGAAAAAUGUGGUACAUUUAAUGGAUUACUGAGAGUUGCAUAUACAGAUAAGCAAAUCAGAACUUCCAAAUGACAGCAUUAUGCAAACAAUUGAUGCUGCAGCCAUGGUUACCACAGAGUGAAAAUAGUGAAAUAAGACAUGUCAGAACAGAUUACAAUGGAAUAGCAGUUUCACCCAUGAAGAACAGCAGGAAGAUACUUUGAAGUGUCUGUUUAUAACUUGUGCUACUACUUGCAAGUGCUGUCAUGCUUGUAUUAUUGUUUGCCAUACCAUUCCGUUAACCUGCCCCCUCUCUCCCCUCUUUAGUAGGUCCUGAUGACUUGUACAUUGUAGAACCUCUAAGGUUUUCUCCAGAGAAAAAGGUAUGGAGUUUGUUUCGCCCGC